AUGUCACUCCUGGCGACCCUGGGGCUGGAGCUGGACAGGACCCUGCUCCCAGCUAGCGGUCUGGGCUGGCUCGUAGAUUAUGGAAAACUCCCCCUGGCCCCUGCCCCCCUGGGCCCCUAUGAGGUCCUCGGAGGAGCCCUGGAGGGCGGGCUUCCAGGGGGGGGAGAGCCUCUGGCAGGCGAUGGCUUCUCUGACUGGAUGACAGAACGGGUUGAUUUCACAGCCCUUCUCCCUCUGGAGUCCCCCUUGCCUCCAGGUGCCCUCCCCCCACCUUCCCCAUCCCCACCUGACCUGGAAGCCAUGGCCUCCCUCCUUAAGAAGGAGCUGGAGCAGAUGGAAGACUUCUUCCUUGAUGCCCCACUUCUCCCUCCACCCUCCCCACCUCCACCCCCCCCACAAGUUCCUCCUCUCCCCCUCCCCACCUUUGACUUCCCCCAGCCCCCCGCCCUGGAUACCCUCGACUUACUGGCCAUCUGUUGCCGCAGCGAGACUGGGCCGGGGGAGGCCACAGGGUUGACACCCCUGCCCCCACCGCAGCAGACCCCUCCUCUUCCUCCGCCACCUCCAUCCUCUCGUCCAGCCCCCUACCCCAACCCCGCCACCACCCGGGGGGAUCGCAAGCAGAAGAAGAGAGACCAGAACAAGUCGGCAGCUCUGAGGUACCGCCAGAGGAAGCGGGCAGAGGGCGAGGCCCUGGAGGGCGAGUGCCAGGGGCUGGAGGCUCGGAACCGGGAGCUGAGGGAGAGGGCUGAGUCUGUGGAGCGCGAGAUCCAGUAUGUCAAGGAUCUGCUUAUCGAAGUGUACAAGGCUCGCAGCCAGCGGACACGCAACAGCUAG